ACCAUUCCAUACUCCAACUUUAGUCAAAGCAUUAAGGAUAGUUGGGUCGUCUCUUUUUCCGCUCAUGUGCCUACAAAAAAUGCGAAAUCGUUGACACUUAUAUAGGGGAGACAUCCAAAUUUGGGCAAGAUAGGGAUAGGUGCAGCGAGAUAGAAGACAGGUCUAUCAGUUUCUCCUACUUUUGGGGCUACUGGAAGAUGUGAUGAGACGAGGUUGCAUGUGUCCUUACUGCAGGGUCCCACAGACAGCACUCCCUGCACAUCUGGGACAAGGCCACGGGGUCUCUGGUGAAGAUACUCACUGGACACAAGGGAGAGACUCUCCUGGACAUUGUGUGGCACCCAGUGCGGCCGGUGAUCCUGUCCAUCUCUACUGGGGUGGUAAAUGUCUGGUCCCAGGCCCACGUGGAGCUGUGGAGUGCCUACGCCCCAAACUUCAAGGAACUGGACGAGAAUGAGGAGUACGAGGAGAAGGAAGACGAGUUUGAUAUCGAAGACGAGGAUAUGGUUCUGAAGAGAGAUGGACUCCAUGAGGAGGGUGGAGAGCUCAUUGAUGUUACAAGGUUUGCCCCCAUCCCUGCCUUCUGUAGCAGCGAGGUGCAUGAUUGCAAGUGUGUCCACUGCAGUGAGGAGGACGAGGAGGAGCCACUGGACUGGCUGCCCAUAGCUCCAGAGAUUGAGGAACCAGAGGACACUGGCUGGGGUCAGCUAGAGCCCAAGUUGAACGAGCAGCCAGUGGCAGAGUCAGGAGGUAGAAAGAGACCAGCAGAGAAUGAUGAAAACCUUGAGCCUGUCGUCCCGUCUGACAUGGUGCCUCCUCCCAAACAGCCUCGCACCAUCGACAUCAACCUGCCCAACCGCUGGGAGGACUUUGCCAGCUCCGAGAACACCCCAAAAGAGAGCAAACCAAAGUCCAGCAAACAGAGCAAGAAGAAGUCUGGCGGCACGAAGAACAGCUCUAAGCCACCACCACCACCACCUACCAACAGUGGAGCCAGCAACUCAACAUCCAAGACCGAGACUAAACAACUGUCACCAAACAGCCCUUCUACUAACACUGCUCCUGCCCCUAUCACCACUACUUCUGAUAGUCUCACUACCAGUUCUCCUAGUCCCGGAGUUACUGCUGUUACUACUGGUCCUCCUACUAGUCGUAGUGUCACUACUGUUACUGCUGUCUCUAGUGAUAGAGACUCUGGGAAUAGUGGAGUGGCCAGGCCUGGUGGUGGUGACACUGAGGAUGGUGGACUCGGGAAGACGGAGGGUGAUUAUGAGAUACCUGACAGUAAAGACAAGGAGGCAGCAGGAACGAGCAGUGUGCUUGAGGGAGGAGAAGGAGGAAGAGAGGGAGGCGGGGAGGGAGGUGGAGGGGGAGGAGGAAGAGAGGGAGAGGGAAGAGAGGAAGAAGCAAUGGAGGUCGUCGCCGAAGAAAUGACAGAACGAACUAAUGAUAAAACAUGAACUUUCCCCUACAUUCCCUUAUACUUUACACAUUAUGGAUGCCCC